AGUCGCUCGCAAGAACCCGCGGUGGGCGGGAAUGCGCUGAAGUCACACGAUAAAAGGCUUUGCGCGUGAAAAAACUUUAUUCUUUCCGUCUGUUGUGCACCGUGCGGUAUGAAGCGUCUACCUGGAUACUUACCCACAUUGCUUAGAUUGAGGUGACUUUCUUAUCCUCCCGCAUUUGGAUUCUACUUUAUGAUGAUUUUGGAUAUGCACCAUCGGGAUGAAGAGAACCCUUUCCCUGCCCGCCGAAGUAAGAUAAAAUAGGGUUUCGCUCACAUUGGAGUUACUCCUCUCGUUCCAUAUGAAGAAGCCAAACAUUUGGAUAUGCACCUGUGUCCAUUUAUUGCUGUACAUGACAGUCGCUGCCUAUUCCAGUGAAAUAGGGAAUCCCAUUACAGAUGACAUCAAAAAGAUUUCUUUGUUGAAACAGAAUAUUCCAAAGGACUACAAGAUAACAAUAAGUUAUAUACCUAAAGAAGCGAGUGGCAUGUGCUGGGUGAAGCUCAAUGUAUUCCACUUGGAGAUGAGCUUAAAAGGCCUGGCGCAGAAGUUUGGGAACAUAUCUUCCAAUAAAGACAAUAUAGGAACUUUUGUCCAAAUCUUGCAAGAGAUGCGAUAUCACAUGGGAAGAAGCUUGGAGGAUUCAAUGAUAGAAUUCGAGUGUCACUACAUAGAAGAAAUGUGGUACACAGCGAAGUACUUUGAAUUUGUGGAGGAUUUUUUCAACACCGCCAAUUCGUCUAGAGAAGCGGAGGACUGCGAGCCACUGCCGUGUCCCACAUCUACAAAAACAACAAUAAUAUCGACCACAACAGCGUCGCCGGGGUCACGGCACCAUAGCACAAAUGAAAAACAGAACGGUUCAUCAGAUGCCAUAGAGAAAGGAGCGUUUCUUUCGAAAGUCGUGGAGAGCAGCCUCUUGUCACUCCUCUCCAUCCCCUUCAUAGCAGUGCUGUUUUUGUUGGUCUGGAAGAUUAAAUCUAGAAGAAAUGCCCCUCAAACCGAACGGAGUGUAGAAGAAGGCCCCGCCCUUUUCUCUGGGGAGGAAGCCCAUAUACCCCCAUUAGAUGUGGAGAUAUCGGAAAAAAACAGAUUAAAUAUUAUCAGGGCUGUGUAAAUCCAGCUCCCAGCUACACAACGCAGUCGCUUUCUCAGACCACACCAUGGACAGAACUCAUCGACCAGCACCUCUGAAAGCUUCUCACAUCUUCUCCUGCGAAGGACACAUACUGGCCUCCAACUCAAGAACUGCUCUUUGAGUCUUCAACAACCACUGCUGAACCCUUUGGGGUGGAUACAGUCGCUCCUGAGAACUCCUGAGAAUUGCUCUUCGUGCUCUUUAACGCUUCCUUCUCUCUGAGACUACAGGGAGACUGUGCAGGAGGUACAUGAUGAAAAGCAGGACGGCGUCGGAUUCGCGCCAAGAAACUCACCGCAGUUCAGAAGGAGAGCAUCCGUCAGUUGCUUAAGAAGACAUGGCUGUAAUAAUGGAGUGACAGCAGGAUUGACUACCUCCAACUGCACUGGUCCAUCUUCUACCCUCUUUCCUUAGCCCAUUGUUCUCUUUUCUCCUUUGCUCUGGGCAUCCACCUUUCAAGUUUUUGGAACGUUCGAAUCAGUAAAGUCAUAUUUAGAGUUUAUCAUCUGAUUUGUGAAUUGUUUUAAUUUUCGCUGUAAACUGGUGGUGUGGACUUAAUUUAUUUAUUUUGCGAAUAUGACAUGGCACCUGCAUGUCGUCAGAUGAUUCUUGAGACGACACAAAGUUUCAAGCUUACGAUAUAUUACGUAAUCCUUAUUGCUUGUGUACUUCAACAACAAACACUCAUAUAUGUACUUAUAGCUCCUCAUUUGAUAGAAGCCAUUAUUGUUCUGUUUUUAAUGCUAUAUAUCAGAUAUUAAAGAUUUUUUCUUCAUCUGCUCUAAGUACGGCAGUGAUAAAAAGUUUUGCGUUACAUUUAUAUAUAACGUCUGUUUCAGUGUUUUUGAAGUCAUUUAGUAUAAAAAUCUCUGGUGGCUGCUAAUUUUAUAGAUUCAGCUUUUAUCGACGGUUAUUGAGUUUUAUUACUCAGAGAUUUUUUAUUUAAAGUAAAAAAAUAUGAAAUUCUAAUAAUUUUAAUUCGCAAGAGCAAAAUAUAUGAUAGCUAAUACAUCGACAUAACUAUACACAAACAUAGAUGGUUUUAUAUCAACUAACAAACAAAUGUAAACAUCAAAAUAAGCUGAAGUAGUAUUAUGUCAAACACAGCGACUUUUUUAAAACGGUACACAGAAUCGUAGUUUUACACCACACAUAUACAAUUUGAAUAGAAAAAUUUGGAUUGCGUCAAACCAAUUUUUCAGUCCCAUUUUUGCAUUGCAGGCACCUGAAAUGCUAUUUUGACAAAUAAAAAAACGUGCAUGUACACUUUUGCUCCGUAUUUUGUGCCUUUCAUUGCAUGGCUCCUGUAAAGAUUCUCUUGGAAGACCAGCCAUAUAUUUAUUAUGGAAAAUAAUAUUACGAUGAUAUUGCACUAUUUUCAUUCAAAUUUGCAAAAGUCUUGGGACAUUUCAAAUAAUUUUUCAAGAAAUACACAAGAACACCUUUAGGUGUUACAUGAACCUGUUCUAGCUUUGGCCUCCCGUUGAAUACGAAUCAAAUUAUGCAUGUCGGCAUUUCGAUGUCUCACAUCGCUAACCUGUACAUAAUGAUUUAUUAUAGUUACAAUUCAUAUAGACAAUUGCUGAUGACUCAAAGAUGAUUCUCAGCAGAAAUCAUAUUCUUAUUUUGUACCCUGCCUCGUCCAACUGGUUGUAAUGAUCUAUAUACUAGUCUGUAUCGUUGGGAAUAACCUGUUGCCUGCCUCAGUGAUUUUCAUUUUCUUACCCAAAUCAUAUUUCACCACAGUCUUUUGUAAUGUGAAGUUUGGUGAAUAAUCAUUUAUUAUUCUGGUUAAGGUGGAUGUUUACAGAAACUUGUGUUAACUGGCAGCGAUUUUAUUGUAGUGGUUGAUGCUUUCAUUCAGUCCAUUCAGCCGUUCUCGAUGAAGCAUGUCAAAUAAAAGUAUUUGCUUUUUGACCAAUGGUUUCGCUUUAGACCUUCUCAGCGUAGCUCAGGUGAUGUUACAACGUGUGAAAAGUAACAGAUCUUGUGUUGUGUGUCAUUUAUAAUCUACAGUUUGGUAAACCUGAUAAGUUCCUGUAGAGGACUGCAUGGGUGAAGCAUCCUUUGGUUCUAGAAAACAAAAGUCUUAAGGUUGCAUAUAUAGUCAAUAAAUAGCAGUAAACCGAUAAACUACACACUACGAAUUGUCAGAAGUUUGAAGUGAAACAUUCCUACAUGUUGUGUGAAAAAACUGGCUGAAGCUGUGAAAAAGGCACAUGUGGCAUUCCCCAGGACGCAACCAUAUAUGAGCCAGCCCGCCAAUUCCUACAACUGCCCUAUGUUGUUGGCGAACUGUCGGAAGGCACAGUUCUCAUCCCCAGAUUGGAUUUUUGUUUGGUUUGUGACAUUUAGGGACGUGCAAGAGAACUGAACCAGGAAAUUUCAAACUUGGCACGUCCCAACUUCCGUAAUUGGAUCCUGCGUCAUGUUUCUACGACUGCAGAACACAUCAAGGCACGAAGUCAGUCAGGGUGCCAAACGUAAACAAGGAAUUGUGGCCCAGUCGUUGUCUGGGUUACAGUCUACUGUAUUCUGUAUUUUAUAUGAAUAUAUGCAAAUCUAUGUAUGAGAUGUGAAUAAAGUUACAUUUAUCCACCACUGCUAAGGCUUGGGUGGGUUUACUUCUCAUUAAAGCUAAUAAAAUCGUAUUAAUUACA